AUGAAAUUUUUAACCAUCGGAGCUUUCAUUUCCACCUUCUUCGCAUUAUCUUUGUCGGAUUGCUAUUUCCCAUUUCUUGAAUCCGGUGGCGAAUGUGGGUCGGAUGCGGACUGCGGUGGAAAUCCUUGCGUUAUGGAUGUUUCUUCUGUAAAACGCGUUUGCUGUAAAAACAAGCCUGGAACAGUAGCUCCGGAAUGUCCUGCUGGAACUUCAUACAGUGGCCUUCCAGUGCUUUGCGAUCCAUCCGACGGUGCUGAUGGUUGUCCUGCUGGACUUUCCUGCGUCCCUAGCGUUACUUCGUUCACCAAGGAUCCGGCAUCUCCAGGAUCAAUUUGUUGCAAAUAA